UCGCUCAGUUGUGUCCUCUAGCAUCUCAUCCAAUUCAGAAUUCAAGAAUGGGAGUUCAUACUGAUUUCAAAAUAUGGUUGAAUAAUGAAGCCAGGCCACAAUGCAGUUCAGUGUCAGCCAUGUUGAUAGGACCCAAAUUAAUCUAUAGUGAAUGGGGAUAAACGGAAUUUGAUUUUUUUUUUUUUUUUUAUGUUUAAAAAAAAUAAUUAUCUACCCACCUGCAGUUGUAUUUACUUUCUCGUCUAUGGACAAUAUUUCAAACAUUGCCAUAAUUUGAAUUCGCACAUUGUGAAACCAAGGACUGUUCAGCAAGAAGGUUUCCUUGGUUGUAGUAUAUUUUAUUCAUGGAGAAUUCUGACAUGCGCUCUCUGGCCGAGCUUACUAGGCUACUUGGAUGUAUGUGGGUCCCACUAACAUGGUGCCUUUGGAAACUCAACAUGAAUCAUCACCAGGAUGCGCACUCUAGUCUAGUCCAAUGAGCUCAGUGGUAUCAACAAUGUUUUGUGGCAACAGCUUGCCUACUAGGUGUGUGUUUGACAGGUUGUCACUGAAUGAAGAAAUCAAUGGCGAUGAUAGAGAAUAUUAACCAUUUUUUUCUGUGCGUAAUGUAACGUUUGUGCCGUGCUAUGCUAAGCUAGGAUAAUCGCAUCCUCUUCGGGCUUUGUCAAGUAGCUUUACUAACAUUAGCAGUGGCAUUGAUCUGGUAGGUUUUUGCCGUUGGUUACUGGCAAGCGUUAGCUUGGUUCAAACGUAAACACUAGCAUUCAUGGUUGUUAACGUUUGAUCAGUCUGUAACAUAUUCUUAGUUAUUUGGUAACACUGAGGCAAGGCAGCUGUUUUAGCAAUCUAUUUUCUCCAUGGCAGAUAAUUAGCUUAACGUUGGCGGCUAACCUAUCCAGUCUUCUAAACAUUGUAUCAUGCAGUAUGGUGACUGUGGUAAAGUCGAAGGAAACCCGUUUGUCAGUCGCUACGUGUGAACAGUUUACUCAUCCAGUAAUUCUUGAUUAAUUGGCAUGCUACUGAAAGUAGCAAUACCGUUAGCAAACUAAAUGAAUGUUGGUUGCGAUGGCAUGGCUAUAAAAGUAUUCGGAGUAUGGAUUCGCCACGGCAGCUCCGUUAAUACUCUCCUUAUGCCGAGACGUACAAAAUCGUGGCCAUUGUGGAGUUAUAAUGCGAGAAUGGAGUCAGAGGUGGCUCAGUGAGACAUGAUAGGAUUCCGUUUCGGAGAGCCACCCUGUUGGCCUAACAAUAAGUUAGUCGUAACGCCGUGCAAGUUAGAAUUCCUGGUUGUAACAGAAAGCAGUUUGCCAUCAUGACUAAUUAGCGAGUUCAUUGUCAUCAGUGCCUUGAACAUGGCUAUUCUUCAGAAACGCUCCUAACCCUUGCCGAAAGUGUCCAUAUUCAUGGACGUCUGCAGCAAGAAUCCUAACCGGACAGCUCCAGUAACUGAAGGAGGACACAGGCAAGCAGACAUACCACUUUGCUCCCGCACGAACGGAUGGAGCUGGCCACCCCACCCUUUCCAGCUUCUGGCCUGGCUCCUUUACCUGUACUUCGCAGUUACAGGAUUUGGGGUGUUUGUCCCUCUUCUACCCCCUCAUUGGAUUCCAGCUGGCUACAUUUGCACUGGCAUUACAUUUGUCUGUCAUUUGUUUGUCCACCUUACUGCGGUUUCCAUCGACCCUGCUGACUAUAAUGUCCGGGCUAAGAGCUACAAGGGUCCAGUGCCGUUGUUCGAUCGGACGAAGCAUGCUCAUGUCAUUGAGAACUGCCACUGCUACCUCUGUGAGGUGGACGUGGGGCCAAAAUCAAAACACUGCAGUGCCUGUAACAAAUGUGUGGCAAGCUUUGACCACCAUUGCAGGUGGUUGAACAACUGUGUGGGAAGUCGGAAUUACUGGCUGUUCCUGACCAGUGUAAUCUCUGCUCUCAUUGGUAUAAUUCUGGUGGUGAUUAUUGCCAGUUAUGUGUUCAUCGAGUUUUUUUUGGAUCCCUCAAAACUGCGCUCAGACAAACACUUCCAAGUGAAGAAUGAGUCGGUGGUGUGGUUUGUGUUCUUGCCUGUGGCCCCCGUGUCCACCUCUGGCCCUGCCAUCCCUGCCCUGGCCGGCAUCACCGUCGCCUUCGGGUUGCUCUCGGCCCUGCUGCUGGGACACCUGCUUUGCUUCCACAUCUACCUCAUGUGGAAUAGACUCAGCACAUAUGAAUACAUUGUGCGUCAGCGGCAUCGUCAGGAGACUAGAGACUCAAACAAAGGCUGCUCUGUCAAUGAGCCAGGGCCUCCACAGAUGAACCUAAUGAAGGAUGUGAGUUACUCUGGGACGCUUGGCUACACAAACCCUGAGAUGGAUGUGGAGGACCCUGCCACUAUGUCAUCUCGAGAAGGAGCAGCAGAGUACUAUGGCAACGGGCGGGUGAGAAGUUCAACCAGUCGGAUGGUGGAUAUUGAGUCCCUCCCCACUGACGCAAUAGAGCACAAGCAGCCGCCACGCCCCCACAAACAGAAAAAAAAGAAGAAGGUGCGCAAAAUCCCGGGCGAGGUGAUCAACGACCGGUCUUCGGAGAACGGCAGCAGCUCUGUUCGAGCCCUGCCACACACCUCUGCAGAUCAUGAGUCCUCAGUAGCUGCAGCCACAGUGGUAGCCUCCAUGAGCCAGCGCCUCCCCUUCCCAGCAUUCCCCCUGCGGGGGUCGCUGCCCCCUUUGGCCCCUGUGCAGGCAGCAGGCCCCCCUGCUGAGUAUCACUCUGACUCUGCAGAGUCCCUGGAGGAAAUCCCUGUGGCUCUGGCGCGACUCGGUAGCGCCGCCCUGGCUUCCACCUCCAGCACUACAGCUGCUGCCAACGCCCCACCUGCGCCCUCCCAGCAUGCCUUGCUUUCCUCCACCUCCGCCUCCACCGCUCAGACCACGCCCUCCCCCCAGCCCAGGACCAAGCGAAAGGCAUCAUCGUCUCGCAAGCUAGCGGAGCAGCGGUUCGAGAUGGCCCCACAGCCGCCCUUUGUGUUUGUGAGCAGAAGCAGCGGAGAGCCCACUCCCAGGCCCCGGCACGCCCCCAAGGCAGAGGAGGGCGGUAGCGGUACGGGGGGCAAGCGCAAGCAGACCAGCAAGAGGAGCCUGGACGAGCCCCGAGCCCAGAGCUCCAGAGCAGGAACCCUUGUGGCAUAGCAGAGACUCGCCCCAGAGCGAGUGAACGGGGGGGCAGAGAGACUAAACCCCAGGUCCUGCUCUGGGAACGUCUGGGAAAGACAAGGGCAGCUACCCUUGAUAGAGUUAGAGAGGACAAAGCCAACAGUCCCAGCUAGAGCACUUAGUUCUGACGCUCAGACAGCAGCUAUGCAAACACUACAGAGCAGAAGGAUGCAGUGUCGCUGAGUGAGUUGGGUGUUUCCAGCUGACCCUCUCCCUCAGUACCACAACAUUUCAUUCAAAUUAACCACUACAAUCAGUACGUCGUCACGCAGAUAUCCAUAGGUACUUAUAGCUAUUCACUCUAUACAUUUCACUACUACUAUUCUGUAGCAUUGCACAAGUAUGGUUUUCCCAGUGACAAUAUUACCCUGCUUUUUGGAAAAUAUAUUUAUUCAUGUUCAAUGUUGAAUGCCAAAGGUUAUAUACUGCACAAUCUUUUGUUUGUUUGUUUUAUUUGUUUGUUUGUUUGUUUGUUUUAAAAUGGUACAUUUCCUCUCUGUACACUACCAUGCUACCUUAAAUCAUAUUUUUUCAACCAGUGUUUUUCAUAUCUGCAUUUGUAAGCUUUUGUGUGUGUCAUUAGUGAAGUGCAUUAGGUGGAUAUCACCUGGCCGUUUGUCAGCUUAUGUUAGUUUCUCAUCCAGGACAGGAAUCAGUCAAGAGCACUCCAAGCACUGACUGGAGUGUUCAUUUCUAAAAUUCAUCUCUGGGGUGAAAAAAAUAAUCUGUUGAUAUAAAUCCAUCCGUUUCUAUCUUGACACCUCCACUUUUGAACCUCAUAACAAUUUUUUUACUCUUCACAAAACCCAACAAUAAAAAAAACAUAACCUGGUGUAGCAUUGCA